GUACCAUAAAAUGAAAGGCCAAUUUAGACAUUGAAGAACGAAAAAUGGAAGGCCAAAACCAAAAUAUGAAGAUACUAUGCCUUCACGGGUUUAGAACCAGUGGGAAGUUCCUGCAGAAGCAAAUCAGCAAAUGGGAUCCUUCUCUUUUUCUUCAUCACUUUCAAAUGGAUUUUCCUGACGGGUUAUUUAGUGCCGGAGGAAAGUCAGACAUAGAAGGCAUAUUCCCUCCUCCAUACUUUGAAUGGUUCCAAUUCAACAAGGAAUUCACAGAGUACACAAACCUUGAGGAAUGCAUCUCUCACCUGUGUCAAUAUAUCACCCACAAUGGCCCUUUUCAUGGAUUGCUCGGCUUUUCCCAGGGUGCAACUCUUGGUGCUCUUCUAUUGGGCUACAAGGCACAGGGGAAGGUGUUAAAGGAGCAUCCACCUUUCAAAAUGUUUGUAUCAAUAUCAGGAUCAAAAUUCAGAGAGCCAAGCAUAUGCGAGGUGGCUUACAAAGACAAAAUCAAUGUGAAAUCAGUUCACUUCAUCGGAGCUAAGGAUUGGUUAAAGUUGCCUUCCGAGGAUUUGGCUACUGCUUUCCAUGAUCCUCUUAUCAUAAGGCACCCCCAAGGUCAUACUGUCCCACGUUUGGAUGAGGUAUCCAUAGAGCAAUUGCGCAAAUGGAUAGCAAAUAUUCUCUUUGAUAACAACGAUGGCAUUAGCAAAGGGGAAGAACAUGAUGAACAAGAAACACUGAAGGUCGACACACCAAAAGAGUUGCAAAAUAACAUCAUUGACGACGGCAACAACAACCAAAUCAAUGCCGUGGAAAUUGCAACAAGUGAAGAGGAAAUACCAAAAGAAAUGCAAAAUAAGAUCAUCAUCAGCAACAACCAAAUAAAUGCCUCGGAAUUUGCAGGGAAGGAACUUAAAGAGGUGAUUCAAGAUAAGAGCAUCAACACUCAAAUUGAUGCCUCCCAAGAUGCAUUGUAAGCACUUAGGAUUUCUUUUUGCUUAUGGAGGAUAAGGUUAGGAUGUUGAAAUUAAUAGUUUAAAUUUUUUUUUUUUUAUGUUUACUUUCUUGUUUACGUAUGUUUGUUUGAAUUGGACCGACCCAAUUUUCAUUAAGAAUAGAAUAAUAAGUUUUUGAAUUGAA